GCCAUUAAGAAAUUUAAUGCGCGUCAUUGAGUAAAUACUUAGAUACGCUUAGAAAUUUGUGUUUCUGGUGCAGUUGGUGAACGAAGCUUUGGAAACGUUGGGAAAGGUUACGCAACCGUAAAAAUCAGCGAGAUUUUCACUUAAUACUCAAAGCAAUGGCGACGUUGCAGCGGCCUAAAGCAGUAAAGAGGUUAAGCUGGCAGGACUUGUCUCCUGACAGCCCAAGAAUUCAGUUAACAAGACGAAUCGUGCAGCUACAAGGAAACAAAACGUCUGCUGACAUUCUCGAACAAGCAAAGCAAAUAUGUAAUGAUUAUAUUGAAGCUAAACUUGAGCGCGAAGGCUUCAAAAAUCGAAGCUGGUCUUUCACUUUCUCCAAUUCAGCACCGCGUCAAGAGAGCGGUGAGAUGGUUUCUCAAGUAUCAAUCCGUGUGCGGGAAGUUGGUAGACUCCUUGAACAGAGCUAUCCCCGUUUAUACAAAGAUAUUUCUGGCCGUAUUAAUGUCCCUUUUAACAGCGAAAACACCGUUCAUGAUGUAUUUAAUAAUGUUUCGUCGGAAAUCUUGAGCGAUGGAUUAAACUGGGCGAGAAUUGUUGCUCUGUAUGCGUUCGCUGGUGCGCUCGUUGCUGAAUGUUGCAAAGAGGGUCGCAAUUCUUACGUGCUGGAAAUCGGAAACUGGAUGUACGAAUUUGCAGCUCUUUACAUGGUGGAUUGGAUCAAAAGUAAAGGUGGAUGGGAAGACCUCUUACGAGCUUUCCCGAGCUUAACACCGACUGGUUUGGGAACGUCGAUCGAUGUUCAAGCUACUCAGUGGUACAGUUGGUUAGUGAUGGCUGUUAGGGCGUGGUGUGAGACGGCUUUUGAGUUCCUGGAAUACUGCUUCAAAGCUUACAUGGAAAGAGUGCGGAAAAUGAAUACUGGCUCUCGUAAAAUAAGCCACUGAUAAAUAAAUAAACUGUGUAACAUCAAGAAAAUUGGAAAAAAUAGAAAUUUUUCGAAAAGGCCGAAUCAUGGAUGAUGGCUUUAAUAAUUUACGGUUUAUUUUCUUAUCAAAAUUUCUAGAGUAUU